CGCUAGCCGUUUAUCAAAGUGAAACCGGAAGUUUUGAAGUCAUGUGAAACUUACAAGUUACAUUUCCGAUGAUUUCGGUGACAAAAAUAUGUGAAUCACCUGUAACUGAAUGUUUGUAAACAUAUCGAAAUGAGUGUUAGAAAUUACCGUUCAACUGACUCGCAGCACACAGAUGCCGCGGAUGUUCCACUGUUUGGGGACCAACAACCAAGAGAUCGUAUGAUUAACUUGGUUGUGGGAGUAUUCACCAGUAUAGUUGUUGCAGUGACUCUCGUUAGCGCAUUCAUUUUUCCAAGUUUUCCUCCAGAUGGAAUCAAUGUCUUCUUUGCUGUCAUUAUUGUUAUGAUCUGUGGAUCUCAUUUACUCCUGAUUUUCUGGUACAGACAAGGAGAUUUAGAACCCAAGUUUCGCCGGAUGAUUAUCUACAAUGCUUUCACCAUCAUACUACUGUGUGUGUGUGGCAAUCUGUAUUUUCAUAACAUCUUACGAAAGUCAAAUUCAUGAUGUAAUAUUUUUCACAGAUUGUAGAAUAUAAUGAAAGGUAUUGUAAAAUUUGUUUUCCAGUAGCCAUGAAAGUUACAAUCAUUGAAGCGUUGAUGUUUGUUAAGUGUAUGGAUAUACAUGAUGUAUUUUUUGGAAAAGAAAAAGAGAGUAACAUUGUGCCAUAGAUUAAUCUUGUGAUCCUGUGAAUAAGAAUAGAAUGUCAUUAUUAAACCAUCACUUUCGUUGCUUUGAUGUUCAUUAAUGCAAAUCACAAGAUUCUUAGGUACAAGUUUUAUGUAUUUUUAUUUCAAAUUACAAGUUUAACUAGUCGGGGUAAAGUCUCACAUAGGGGUGGGGGUGGGGGUGGGCUGGAUUGGAUACACGACAUUGUAUGAUAAUUAAGAUACAUAUAAUAUGAAAAUCAUAUACAUGUAUUUCCAAGUUUUCGCAAUCUUAAAAGUACAGAUAAGAUAAGAUAAGUUUAUUCCAAUUUUGGGCCCAGAGGGCAUAACAGUAAGACAGUUUAUAAAGAAGGAAAUUCAAAAAAGAAAGAAAGUUUACAACAUUAACUACAGGUCAGUAUAUUUAGGUACAUGUAGUUGUGUUACUGUAAAUCAAUGUUAUUUCUUACAAAUCUCAUAUACAAUCUAUGUAGUUGAUCUGAAACCCAAGCAUGAUUAAUGUGAAAUCAUUAUAUAUGUGUGUAUAUACCGUAUGAUGUUUACUGGGAGGGUUUAUAAAUAGCAUGGAGAAUAAGGCUUACCAUUUAAUGGAUCUGGAGGGACAUUCCAGGGGUUGCAACUAGCCAUCUAAUCCUGAUAUAUUGAUUAUAUCAUUCUGAUAUGAUUUGGGCAGAAAACAUUAUCAGAUAAGGUCACCCCCUUCCCCUUUCCACUUUGUGUGAAAAUAUUCUUGACCCACCCCUGGUAACCUUUACAAAAAAUUGACACUAUUUCAUUAAACAAUGUACAAAUGUAUGAUACAAGUAUACGUAUAUAGAAUACACACAUUUCAAAUUGUGUACAUACUCAUUUAUCAUAAAUACGAAUCUGCUGUAGCAGUUCAACAUGAUAUAAACAGGUGUUAGUGAUCCAACAGUGACCAAAGAUGUCUAAGACAGUACUUCUAUUUAAAUCUGAAAUUAAAUCCCAACCACGGAGAAUUAGCCCCGGCAAACUUAAAUGUUUACAAAUGAGCAGUUUUAGUGCAUGUGUUGAAUUAUAUUGAUUGAUCAACUACCACAUGUAUCAAGAAAAGUGAAAUUUACAGAUGAAUGAUUGAUGUUAUUUCAAGUAUGAUGUAAUGUGAACUUUCUCAAAUCUUGGAACCCUAAAGUUUAUUUUUAGAAUGCACUGAUGAAUGUGAGGACUGCUGUACUGUGAUUUUGACUUUUAACAUAGUCUCCACAUGACUUACAAGUACAUUAUAUGUCAUUCCCAUUGUGUGUCUGGUGGGUAGCUUGUUACUAUGAAUUAGAUUGCUUUAAUUAUUCAGUGUACACGUGUAUUUCUAAUUGUUUUGAUUAAUUAUGCAGUGUACAUGUGUGUUUCUAAUUGUUUGAAAACACAUGGUGUUAUAUGAUGUUAAGAGAUUGUAGAAAAUGACAAUGUAUUUUUCGCACUGACUGUGUAUAGCUUAAAAGUUUGUGAAGUAGUACUACGUUUGGUUUACAAGAGAACCUUGUAAAAGAUGUAUGUAUUCAUAUAAAAGAGUAUCUAUUAUAAUUUAUUGAACUGAGGGAUAAUUUCUCAAAUUCAUGUAUUUUGAAAGCAUGAUUUAGUGAUGUGCUAUAUUACUCUCUCUUGGAAACUGCUUGAUUUUCUGUAAAUUCUUUGACUGUAUAACACUUGUCACAAGGUUUUGAAGCUAGCUCACUCUGUAUUAACACACAAUGUAAUAUCAGAGCUUCUUAAGUUUCCAGGGUUCAUACAUGGGUGUACCGUGGGAAUAUUUUCUAAACCUGUACUUGUGCUUGGUGAAACAGCCUGCCACUGCCUUAGUAGGUUUCUGUGAUUUGCACAAAUGAUAUCAUUUAUAAUAAUGGCAAAUUACUGUGGAACAGUAUGGAUUAGUCAAGAAACUAAAGUGAAUGAGAGGAGGGGGGUGGGGGUGUAAUCUACUAAGUAGUUUUCCAAUAAUUUUUUAAACUCUGAACAGUGUUCAAACUGAAAAAUAUGAAAGAUUCUACUUUGAAUUAAGGAAGAGAAUCAUGAAUAUCUCUCUCUCUCUCUCUCUCUCUCUCUCUCUCUCUCUCUCUCUCUCUCUCAUUUUGAUAAGAUAGGCUGUGAUGCACCACAAUUAAGUCAGAACAUAAAACUUUCAGUUCUUCUAGAAAAUCAACGACCAGGAGGCUUCUAAAAUCCAUAGGGUGUUAAUUUCAAAGUACUUUCUCAAUUUUGAUGACAAACAUGCAUGUUAUUUUUGUAAGCUUAUAUACAAUAUUAAUAUUUUCCUUUAUUGUACAUGUUGAUGAUUGUCAUGGGCUGGUGACGUUCGAACUAAACACACCAAACGUGUAUCUGAUAUUUUGUCUUCUAUUAAAACGUUACAAUUUACGCAAUUUUUCUUUCUUUCUUUUGUAACAAUAGUUGUGAAAUAUUUUGUUCACUUUUACAAAUUCAUGUCAAUGUUAUAUAUGUUUCUUUUCACUGCACACACUGUGUAUGUAGUCAGCAAAAGUCAACAAGUGUAUAUAAAGUAUUAACAAAAAGUCGCUAACAAGCGGAGGUGGACUAACGUUACUCCAUAUUCUAUGACGAAAUGUUUUAUUUCCUGACAAUUUAAUUGGGCCGUACCAAUUUAUGUUCCAUUUUGUAGCUCUUCGGACCCUCUUCCUUUUAUUUUUCAAUAAUCGUAUUUGUUAAAAUAAAAUCCCAGCCACACUCAAAUGCCUGGAAGCAAUUGUGAUAAUGUCGGACGGACUGAAUAGAUCAUUGAUGUGUCAGGUAGUUCCAAUGUCAGAUUCAGCGCCGGGGACAUGCCACACCCCAACAUCAUCCAUUUUUAUAGUUAUGUAGAAAACACUAAAAUAUAUGCGUCUUGUUUUGUCAAAACUUGGUUCGUAUAGUUUGAGGAAGCAUUGUCCAUCCUGCUACCCCCACCCCACCCCCCUUCCUCCCCAUUCAGACUAUUCGGAACCUGCCACAAUGAAAUUUAAAUUUUAAACAGUAAAAUAUAUGUAUGUAAUGUGACAGUGCAAACUAAAUGUAUAAAAGACAAUCUCUCUAGAUGUUACUGUUACAGUGUUCAAUUAAUACUGUGCUGCUGAAUCACUUGGUAAAUGUAUUUUCUUGAUUUUGCCAUAUUCUCUUUAUUCGUAAUGUGAUUACGAUACCUGUAUAUCUUUCAUAGAAAUAAUACAUGCUCUACCCUAAACAUUUGAAACUUUUUAUCCCUUGAAAUUUCUUGUUUAGAGAAAUAGAAUAAUUGUAAAAUAAUUUCACUCGCUCACCCCAUUAUAAACAACCAAAGAACUGGUUUGGUCUUGCAGGAAAUAUUUUGUAUGUACAUUUAUGUAUUGGAGAUAGUAAUUAUUGUACAUGAUUUGUGAUAUUUUUUACAUAAAGUUAAUGAUGUUGA